AUGGCGGAGAACAUUCCCAAGGGAACGCAGUUUAUCAGCGACAUCAAGUAUAUUUCCACGCCCGCUGCUGCUCCCGCCGCCUUUGCGACGGGCCAAGACUGCGGAGUUCCCCUCACCAACUCUGCAGCUAUCCCUAACCCCCCAUUGCCCGCUGAUGGCCCUGGACGCGCGAGCUUCUCCAACACCAAGUUGGCCUCUCUGCUCAUUGGAAUCCCCACCGUCAUCACCAUCCUCGUCGGUGGCGGUGCAUUGACCGGCCUGCUUAUCGGACUGCUCACUCUCUUCCCCAUCCUCAUCUCCUUCUGGACAUGGGUGUCCCGAUCCAGCCCCCGCAUCAACGAGAAGGCCAAGCUCCCCGGCCGCCCAGUUGAGUACUAUAUUUCGUUCAAAAGCCCCUCCGACCAGGCAAAAUGGAAGGGAAACAACAAGAUCCCCAUGUCCCUGUUCGCCAGGAAGUACCUCGACGGGAGCGCUUCUUUCAACGGCGAUGUCCUUGAGAUCCUUGAGUACCGCCACGACUGGGCUGACUUCCGCUUCACCUGGUACACUUUCAAGUUCCUCCUCUGCAACUUCUUCCCCGAUGUCGUCUUCCACACCAAGGCGCAGGACCUGGACCAGAUCCGCCCGACAUACGACAAGGGUAAUGAUCACUAUGCCUUCUUCCUCGGCCCUCGCAUGGUGUACACCAGUGGUCUCAUCUCCGAUACCACCCGCGAGGAGACCCUCGAGGAGAUGCAGGAUAACAAGAUGGCCGUUGUGUGCGAGAAGAUCGGACUCAAGGAGGGCGAGAAGCUCCUCGACAUCGGCUGCGGCUGGGGUACCCUCGCCAAGUUCGCCAGCGUAAACUACGGAGCUAAGGCUACUGGUCUCACCAUCGCCGAACACCAGGCCGCCUGGGGUAACGAUGUCCUUCGUAAGGCCGGCGUUCCCUCCUCGCAGAGUAACAUCCUGUGCCUUGACUACCGUGAUGUCCCCAAGGAUACCAAGUACGACAAGAUCACCCAGCUGGAGAUGGGAGAGCACGUCGGCGUCAAGAAGCUCACUGCCUUCUUCCGCCAGUGCGGAGACCUGCUCAAGGAUGACGGUGUUAUGUAUGUGCAGCUCUCUGGUCUGAGACAGGAAUGGCAGUUCGAGGACUUUAUCUGGGGUCUGUACUUGAAUGAGCACAUUUUCCCUGGUGCUGAUGCUUCUACCCCUCUUUGGAACUAUGUUCGAUCCCUGGAAAUGGGAGGAUUCGAGAUCAAGAGUAUUGACACUGUUGGUGUCCAUUAUUCCGCCACCAUCUGGCGAUGGUACCGCAACUGGGUCGGAAACAAGGAGACCAUCAGAGCAAAGUUUGGCGAGACCUGGUACCGAACUUGGGAGCUUUUCCUGGCUUGGUCCAGCAUCGCAUCUCGCCAGGGCAGCGCCACCUGCUUCCAGUUCGUCGUGGUCAAGAACCUCAACUCGACCCACCGCAUCAACGGAGUUGCCACCCAAUAUGGUCUUUCUGGUGCUUUGGCUGCAAGCAAGGCCCAGGCCAAGUCGAAGCUGCAGUAA